CCUCCCACUUUGGAUCUACAAAACCUUUAGCUCAGAGAGCGGUCGUGCACUCACACCGCGCCCUCACUGAGCCACAGCACGCAGAAGCUAGGAGCCUAAAGGUCAGGGACGUGGCCACCCUCAGGCCUGACAAGGCAUGGAGCUGCUCCAGGACAUCUCCCGCCAGCCCCUGGUGACUGUGAAAGGGGUCCCCCUCAUCAAGUACUUCGCUGAGGCACUGGAGCCGCUGGAGAGCUUCCGGGUCCGGCCCGAUGAUCUGCUCAUCAGCACCUACCCCAAGUCUGGCACCACUUGGGUGAGCCAGAUACUGGACAUGAUCUACCAAGGUGGUGACCUGGAAAAGUGUCGCCGGGCCCCCAUCUUCAUGCGGGUGCCCUUCCUUGAGUUCAGAUGCCCAGGGAUCCCCUCAGGUUUAGAGGUUCUGAAAGAUAUGGCAGCCCCACGGCUCAUCAAGACACACCUGCCCCUGGCCCUGCUCCCUCAGACUCUGCUGGAUGAGAAGGUCAAGGUGGUCUACGUCGCCCGCAACGCUAAGGAUGUGGCCGUCUCCUAUUACCACUUCUACCACAUGGCCAAGGUGCACCCUGAGCCUGGCACCUGGGACGAAUUCCUGGAGAAGUUCAUGGCUGGGGAAGUGUCUUAUGGGUCCUGGUACCAGCAUGUGCAGGAGUGGUGGGAGCUGAGUCACACGCAUCCUGUUCUCUAUCUCUUCUAUGAGGACAUGAAGGAGAACCCCAAGAGGGAGAUUCAGAAGAUCCUGGAGUUCGUGGGGCGCCCCCUGCCCGAGAAGACCGUGGAUCACAUCGUCCAGCACACGUCUUUCACGGAGAUGAAGAAGAACCCUAUGACCAACUACACCACCAUCCCCACCAACAUCAUGGACCAUGCCGUGUCCCCCUUCAUGAGGAGAGGCAUCGCGGGGGACUGGAAGACCACCUUCACUGUGGCCCAGAACGAGCGCUUUGAUGCAGACUAUGUGGAGAAGAUGGCAGGCUACAACCUCAAUUUCCGCUCAGAGCUCUGAGUGGCGCUCAUGUGUGAGCGCGCCGGAGGGAGUGUGUCGAACGAGCCCGCAUUGGUCUCAAGAAUAAAAGUGAUUUGUGUUCAAGGCA